AUUGUGAGGGCGUUGAAGGCAGCCAGUUUGAAUGGUGCACAUGGUUUCAGAAAAGCUGCUUCAAUAUUCGUAUUUGGUGGUAGCAAUCAAUUUCCAACCAGUCAGUGACUCGAGAUCGCUUAGAUAGAGCCGAGUUUCCACCAUAGGUGUGGAUAUUGUUCUGUCUACAUUUUCGCCAGGUCGACCUUGGAUUGAAUCCAACCCGUCAUCUGAAAUUUACUGGACUUCAUUGUGAGGACUGUUUAGUGUGGUGUUUUUCACCAAAUAUCUAAUUGCGUUAAAGUAAUCACUUACAAAUUUUUGUUUUUCAAACUCCAAAUCGCAGUUUUCAAACGGUCUAAUACCGAUUGUCUAUAUUUCUAUGAGACGGCUUGUUGAUAUCGGUGCUAAUCUUACUGACAAAGUCUUCAUGGGUGUUUACCGCGGCGUACUCCAGCAUAAAAAUGAUUAUCAUAAUGUUUUAUGUCGAGCCAGGAAAUGUGGUGUGGAGAAAAUAAUUAUAACUGGAGGUUAGAUUAGUUGACGUUUCCGAUCAACUGGAACCAGGGUCACUCACUGAUAGUGCUGAGGCUAUAUCCCUAUGUGAAUCUGAUAAGGACCUCUUUUGUACAGUUGGAUGCCAUCCUACAAGAUGUUUGGAGUUUCACGAGGAUCCAGAUAACUACCUGAAUAAACUGGAAAACCUAAUUCUGACGACGAAAAAAGUAGUAGCUGUAGGUGAAUGUGGUCUCGAUUAUGACCGAGUUUUGUCCAAAAGAUAUCCAGAAAGAAUAUUUUGACAUUCAACUUAAGUUAGCUAGUGAUGUUAAGUUACCUCUAUUUUUGCAUUGUCGAGCUGCACACGAUGACUUUCUACAAAUGAUCAAAAAUGCUAGGCAGUCAUAUUUUCAAGGCAAGCCUUUUCGAGGUGUUGUGCACUCAUUUGAUGGAACAGACGAAAUGGUCAAAUGUUUCACUGAUAUGGGAUUGUAUAUUGGUGUCAACGGUUGCAGUCUGAAGAACCAAAGUAAUUUGGAAGUAAGAUGUCAAAAUAUGUAUCACACAGAACUUCAUUUGCAUACUAUUGCUGUAUACUUACAUUUUAUUUCUGAUGGUGAUCAGUAGUUUUUACUCCGUUUACUCUACAACUACCCACCAUUCCCAAACAGCAUGAAUGGAACAUUGAAGUAGUUCAAAAAGCUAUAGCUAAUCUGAAACGAGGAAGGGAAGCUGGUCCAAAUGGAUUGGCCCCGAAGGUCUCUAAGUAUGGUGACCCAGUUUUAGCGAUUAGGUUGAAUAAUAUUUUAGCCAAAAUCUGGGGGUUGGACGUAAUCCCAUCUCACUGGUCGCAAUGUAUAAGAAGGCUCAAAAUCAUCCUGUGACAGCUAUAGAGGGAUUAGUUUGACUAAUAUAGCAUCUAAAAUACUAGCCUCAAUAAUUAUCGGGCGCCUAACUAAGACUUGUGAACUGCAGACACGAGAAAAUCAGACUGGCUUCAGAUCUGGUCGUGGCUGCAUCGACCACAUAUUCACCGUUCGUCAGGUUCUAGAACGCAGGCAUGUUUAACGGCGUCCGACAAUGGUGGUCUUUCUUGACUUAAUGGCAGCAUUUGACUCUGUAGACCGAGAGGUUCUGUGGCAGUGUCUGUCAUUAAAAGGCGUACCUCAGAAGUUCAUAAACCUUGUUCAGGCUCUUUACUCGAACACUACUAGGCGAGUCAGAGCUUAUGGCGAACUGUCAUCUGCUUUUGCAACCUUGAGUGGUGUCCGUCAAGGCUGUCCGCUUUCUUCAUUUUUGUUUGACUUCAUCUAGAUUUUUUGAUGGAAAUAACUCAUCGACUGAAUUUUCGGGCGUUGAUCUCCUACAAGGAUGUUCACUUAUCGAAUUAGAAUACGCAGAUGAUAUAGUCCUAUUUGGUUAAAACGCUGAUAAAAUGCAGAGUUUUUUGGUAGCACUAAGCAACAAUGCCAGAAUGUUUGGAAUGCGCUUCUCUCCCUCUAAAUGCAAGUUGUUGCUUCAGGACUGGUCUGCGUCAACACCUUAACUUCGUAUAGGUAGUGAAGUAGUCGAACACGUUAACAACUUCACUUAUCUUGGAAGUCUGAUCAGCACUAAUGGGUCUGUGUCUGGCGAAAUCUCAGCGCGGAUUCGAAAAGCUCGUUUGGCUUCCGCCAACUUAUGGCGAAAGCGAGAUAUCCGUCUAUCAAUUAAAGGACGAGUAUAUUGCACGCAGUUCCUUCUGUUCUACAUUAUGACUGCAAAAAGUGGUCAUUAAGAGUAGAAGAUACUCGUGGGUUACUAGUAUUUGAUCAUAGAUGUCUUAGAAAUAUUCCCAGCAUCUCAUGGGGUCACCGGAUAAGUAAUAGUCAAGUUAGACGCAAGGUACUAGGGAAUGAUGGUAAAUCAGUUGAUGAGGUUGUGAAUCUUCAUCGAUUGAGAUGACUGGGCCACGUGUUGUGUAUGCCUGAACAUCAAUUACCACGACCCGCAAUGCUGACUAGUGUUGGAGACGGUUCGAAGAAAGUUAGGGCGGCCAAACCGAAACGUGUUGUCAGUCCUUGAAGUCACUGACUUCUAGUCUGAGCCUUGUUGGUAGAUGCAGACUACUUGGUUGGGGUCUGCGCGACUAUCGUAACCAAUGGUUGGAGACUCUUGGUGACAUGGCUCAGAAUCGAUCACAACGGUGUAGGUGUAUACACUCUUUGUCUUCCGUUAAACUGUGAGAUUAAAAUUGCUUUAUUUCUACGAACUAAUUCUCUGUUCUUGUACUGUAUCCUUAUAUGCAAUCUUUCUUUUAUAUAUUACAAACAUUGAAGGAACUACUGUGAAUUUAGUGUUCAUCUUGUUGUGCUAAUGAGGUGUGACAACUUGGACCGAUGCACAUAUGUGCUUGGUCCUACAUUGUAGCUGACUGACUUACUGAACAGUAAUUAUAGGAUAAAUCAUGUAUUACCGAACUCUCGAGCCUCCUACUCGUCUUUUAUUGGUGAUAUAGUUACUAUAGAUGUCUAUGUUUAUGAUAUUUACUUAAUAUUAGAUUGCUUAUUUUUUUGCUGUCGCAAAUUAGGUUAUCAAUGUCUCGAAGUUAAACUUUAUUCUAUAAAAUUAUUCUGAGUUUUAAUUUUAAUCUGUUCGCAGCCGAUUAAAAGGUACAAAAUAAAAUAAUUUCAAUUCUGCCAACAACCGAUCGCACUAAUAUUUUUCACUCUUGGCGUUUGAUGGACAUAAGGCAUCUUUGACUUCAUGGGCUUAAUUGCAGUCACGUGUUAGGCGCCGUCAAUAGUUAAUAAUUUUUUUAAAAAAGAACCCCGGGUAACUGGCAUGCUUACUACACAACUGGUUAACUGUAAAACGAACUAAAUGGUUUCAAGAUUAUACUCUGCCUACGAAGCGCUGAUAAGACUGUUGUGGAAGGUCCCUUACUUUCCAGUCACUUAGCAAACGAUAAAGUAUUAACUAUCUCCCAGUUGGUAAAACUGACAGCUUUUACCAGUAACCUGCUACUGUUUCCAUAGUUAUGUUGUUCAGAUGAACUGGGUGUGACUUCUUCAGGGAUGUUUCAUAUUUAUAUUUCCAAGUGACGGAAGUCACCAAAAAGGUACUGAUAAAACCUAAUGCCUGAAGAAGAAUGAGUAGCAUUAUUUGUAUAGAUGCUAGUAAUAGUGGUCGAGUAUAUUUCAAUCUUUUGUCUUUGCAGGUUGUGCAGAAAAUCCCGCUUGGUCGGCUGUUAUUAGAAACAGAUGCUCCUUGGUGUGAUAUUAGAAGAACUCAUGCAGGUAAUGUACAACUGAUAUAAUUUUUUCCCUUCCUAGGAUAUCGUUUUGUUAAGACACACCACACUUAUCGCAAGCAUAAUUCGUGGGAUGAAUCCUACAUGGUCAAAGGACGCAACGAACCUGCUAACCUUGUCCAAGUUCUGGAAGUUGUUUCUGCUGUGAAAGGAGUAAGCGAGGAAGAACUAGCUGAAAUAACAUAUCAAAAUUCAAUUGAUUUAUUUUCUUUGCCAAUAUAAAGCUUUAUAAAAAUUAAAUUCUAGUAAGGAGAGCCAGUUUUGAUAGACUUCAGCAUUUUUAGCUAUGCGCCAAACGUUGCUGCGCGUUUCUGGGUCACUAAAAGUACUUACAUAUUCGUGUUAGCGCUGAUCAAAAUAAAAGGAAAAAAUGAACUCUAGUUUUUGCAAAAAUGUGUUAAAAUAAGCUGAUAGAGGCAGCUUUGAAAUAAGACGGAAACAUACCUCGCCUUUUCAAUUCUACAGACCAGUCACCUAGCGUACAUUAGAAACUAACAUCUAUGAUUUCCGAAUAUAUAUCACAAAGGUGUACAGAUCUAAAGUUAUAGCUUGUUUUUCUACUUUUAAAUUGCCAACGUUUUGUAACUAAUUUCCUAAAAAUCGGUAUUCGUAGUGUUCAGCAACUAAUGUUUGUGACCCUCCUUAUCUUCAAUUCAUAGUUAUCCUUUUGUAACCUUUUACAUUUAAAUAUAUUUCACUAACAAUCAUUGUAUUAUUGUUAUAUGGCCACCUUCAAUCAGUUCUUACUCUUAUUUAUGGUGACCUUCAUUCCAUUAGAACUCCUCAUCUUGUAGUUGUGACUUUAAAAUUUAGUAUAUGUCAGUCUGAACUUCAUUUACUUAUUCAUGAAUAAUAUGUUUUACAUAUCACAAACUCCACUCAUUGUAUACACUAACGGUGAACUACAAAACGCGUUCGUCAUACUAAUUAUUUCAAGUAUAUAUAGCUUUAGAAAAUGAAAUUGUCAAAAAGGAAAGUACAAUUUCCUCGUUGAAAUAUUUGCUUUCAUCAUUGGCACUUAGGUUGACAAUUUGAUCGAAAAAGGCUGACCAUGAAUGACAGUAAAUCAAUAUCUCGCUAUAUCAGAAGAUUUACCUGUCCAAUUUUGAUGAGUAACUGGACAGAAGUUGAGUCAUUGAUAAACUUGUGAAAAACUAGAGACGCAACUGCAGCAUAUCCCGACGCUUGAUUGUUUGAGCAUCACCGAACCUAUUAAAAGCUAAUGGAUGUAUUGCUUCAAAUAUUUCCUUUCGAUUCUCCAGACGUUUUUAAUAGAGGUGUAGUAACCUCUCAUAUUUUUCAUUGCUACGCGAAUCCAUUCCUGUUUGGAGAAACACAGGAUCAGACAAUCAUGUGACCAUUAGAUGUCAUUUUUAUCCUACUAAUAAUUAUACAAUGCUUUCUUAUACUUAGUUAUGACCUAUAGUUGUAAAUUUCUUAGAUGUGUGCCUGUCCAUUUACUGCUUUAAAUAGAUAGCUACAUAACUUGAGCCACUAAUUAACGUGGUAAUUGAUUUCCUGAUCAAUCCAAAUAUCACACAAUUUAGCUGCAAAUUAGGGCCUACAUACCACACGAUUCAUUAGCAUUCGCCUUUUUUACCGAUAGUUUGUAUGCCUAUUUACAUUUAUUGGAUAAAAAUAUGACUCAACGCAGUUCGCGUUGUUACAUCAACUUAUUACAAAAUGGGAUAUCUGAGAAAACAAGCACAAUCAAAUGAGAUCAAUAAUCGGAGUCAGAUAAAGGUUUACAGAACGAUUAUUUCAAAGGAAACUUUUAUCUGAAGUCAGCAGAAUAGUUUAGUGAGGUUGCUUGAAUGUAUCAAUCCUCCUCAACAUUUAGUAUUUGAAAGUAACCGUAAAUGAAGUUUGAUAACUGCUCAUCCGCUCUAGAUAAGAAAUGUGAACGUUAUAACACCGUGUACAGUAGUCUGUUGGAUAUCGUUUUCCACAUGUAAUUAAGUCAUAGCAACUUUUACUUUUUUUACUGGUCGUGAAUCGCAGCCGUUGAAGCAAUUCCCUCAGCACCAAUAAGUGGGAGGAAUCCCUGGUCUUCGGGUCGCCUAGUUAACAUGUUAGUCGGUUUUGUAGUUUGUUAACUAGUCGCACGUUAAAACCAAAUUACUAUAACCCUUAAGUUAGCUAUCUUGCAAAUGUGCUCAGGAUUUAUUUUCAGUCAGAUUUAGUUCUUAUUCAUGUAGUUUCUAUAUUCAAGCAGUUAAAGUCUACAUAAGAGCUCCAAAGUAGCCGCCUACCUCCAGAUCCUGUCUUUCUUUGAUAAACAAUAAAAGAUAAGUCCUUAUUUUGCGAAAAAUCCGAGACUAUUGUGUCCAAUGCUCAUGUGAACUACAGUUCAGAUGAUUCCCAACAAUUUUUGGAUCGGAAGCUUCGAAUUUCGCUGUUUCUACAUUAAAUUAACUGAUUAUCAUGACUGUCAAACGUUUUAAAGCAGGUUUGAGAUGUGAACACUAGCAAGACUAAGGUGUGACUAAUUAUUUAAAAUCUGCCCAGAGAGUUAAGUUAAUAUACUCACAUUUCAGCAUUGUGAACCAACCUACAUUGUAACAACCAGAGCUAGAAUGCCAACUAUUGCGGUGUAAGUCUAAACCCUGUUUCAGUUUGGACAGCAGAAUGACACCACCAACCCUUACAUAAGGCCGAGUACACGGACUCUACUUAACUACUCAUUUUUGUUGUUUUACAAUAUUACGCUGAGACGUUAAAGCACACAAAUCAAAUGAUCACUCAUAUUCAAAGCUUACGAUAGCUGUACUUAAGGCUACUGACCAUAGCUAAACUUCAUAUUUUAUACUCCACCCCAUCCCUGUAUCAACACAUUGUAACAGGUCAGUUAACCACUGGAU